AUGGCAGAAUACUCAAACCCGGGCGGGAACAUGUAUACAGCCGAUAUUGGUGGUGUGGUCACAGGCGGACAUGCCGGUCCUACCGGGACACCUGGGGUCGGAAAGACCAGCCGACUGCUGCCGCCACCCCGACAACUCGCAUGCAAGAGAUGCCACGGCCAAAAGCUGCGCUGCAUCCGUAGCCAGCAGAGGCGCGACGGAACAGCCUGCGACCGGUGCAUAGCCGCGGACGUUGCCUGCGUCAGCCGCCAGCCUCGUCGGCUCGGACGUCCUCUCCAGGUCAACAGCAGGGACUCGGCUCACCUGCAAAGCAGACCAGAGCAGACGCACGCGCCGGGUCAGGAAGAUUUCGUGGUCUACCCGGCGCCAACCCCGGAGGCGAGACCAGACGGCCAGGGCAGGGCCGCGGCUGCGCCUAGCUUCCAGCAGGAGCCCUCGCAGCCGUCGAGGGAACACGGCAACUCGGCCAUGCUGGCGUCGCCUGGAGGUCCUUUCUUCCAGAGGUGGCCGUGGCCGGAUGUCUUCUCGGCGGGAUCGCUCUUCCCCGACGACGGGGUUGAACCUUCGGCAGAACAGAACCAGGCUCCAGAGUUAGACCAGGUCGAUAAGGCAGCCUUGGACGUUGACGAUCCCCUGGAGGACCUCUCGAAGCUGCAAAUAGACUUGUAUCACUGUCUCACCUCCAUCAGGAAAGUGGAAAAGUUCAAGAGGGGCAUCCUAGAAUCCAAAACCGACCCGAUAGAUCCAGACGUCGACUUCAACUGGCCCGAGAAGCUCUUCCGGACCACAGAGUCCUUCAUCAGCUCCCUGGACGCCUACAUCGCGAGAGCCAGCACCGAGAGCGGCGACGCGAACGGCGGCAGCAGUGCCUCGAAUGAAAACUCGCCGGCAACAGAAGAGCAAGAGGCGGGCGACGCGGCGACGGGCCUCAUGAUCCUGGGCUGCUACACGCGGCUGCUGCAGGUCCUCGAGGUCAUGGUCUUCGUGGUCGAGACGUUCCGCGACCUCGACUGCCCGGGCAGCUUCGUGCAGGUGCGGAUCGGCGGGUUCGCGCCGAGGGGGGACGGGGACCUGCAGGCGCGCGUGCUGGGCCUUGAUGGACACCUUCCUACAGGACUGAAGGCAGGCUGUGCCAAGUCAGAUGCUUACCCACCUGCAGAUAGGCAUAUCACCGGAACAUAUAACGCCAAGUAG